ACGUAAGGAGAAUCACGUACGGAUCAUCAGCCGCAAGGAUGAAUCUCAGCAGCAACGGCCCACCUCCCCCCAUCAACAACGCUUGUCUUCCGGACAUCUACAACCGACUGGACGCAGAGGCCAUAGAGAAGACCCGAGUGGCCAACACUCAGCUGGCAUUGCGGCUCAGCUCCCAAGAGAGAAUCAUCUCUAAAUACAAACACGAGGCCGAGAGAUAUAACGUGAUAGAAAAAUCGAGGGCUGCCCUCGACUUGUCCCGCAUACGUCAAAUCUUGCCCACGGUGAGCAGAGUGGCCAACUUCGAGGAGAAAUUCUUCCGCACUCAGCCAAUGAAAGCGGAGAAAAAACGCCGGAGUAAAAACCGCAAAAGUUACCAGGCGCAAACAAACGACGACUCUAUUUGCCAAAGGUGCUAUAUCCAUCACCUCCCCUCUAAAAAACGCUUCUACAAGUCAGAGACACCCCCGCCACCUGUAUCGGUCCUGGAUGCUCAGUCAAACAGACCACCGCCCGCCUCAGAACGAAGCCCCGCCCUGUCUGCCCCCUCACCCAGCACACACCUCCAACUGACCACGCCCCUGACCCCAGACACAGACGGCCAGUACGCUCCCAGUCCUUCCAACUCCACGCGAGGACAGGGGUCGAGGUUGAUUCCUCCGUCCAAGAAGUAUCAGUUCCUGGAACGAGAUCGCUGUGGUCACGAGAAAGAUCUCAACGACAUCCUCACGCCGAGACUGAUGCCGUACGAGAUGUGGAAAGGAGUCGUGAAGAACGUAUGUGACCAGGCGGUGGUGAGACCUAAGAAGAAUCUGCCUAAGAUUAGUAAAGUGCAAAGGGGCAACAGCAUUAUCAGAGAGCGAACAGGUGAUAGUGUAUUCGGGACAAAGACUAGGAGAUCUUCAAGUAAACUCUCUGUGAGAGGACGACUGGACUCUAGACCUUCGUCGCGGUCCAUCCAGAGGAAAACGACUAGUGUUUCAAGAAACAACUCUACACUUAGAAGAGAAAAAAGCAAUACUGACAGACAAAGUAGAAGUCAGAAUGAGACUGGUCCAGAAAACUUCAGUAGAGAGGGAAGCUCUGUGAGUGUUGAUAGUGAGAGAACAGAUGCAUCUCGGAUGACGUCACCUUGCAAGCGUUAUGUGUCAGCAAAAUCAAAAGCCGUGCUUGAUUCCCACAAAGAAUAGCGAAAACAAUGUUUUGCCCUUUAUCCUUUUCCACGUCCACAUGCUUGGGAAUUUAUGAGGGCCAUGUGUUCAGUUGUAGGUCAAGAUGUUCUCCACUCACUAAAGACGCACGUUCUAGUUAUUUGACAAUGUUUGAAGACGCACUGUUUUGUAGCUCUUUAAAAAAAAAACACAAGUUUGUCUAUGCUUUUCACAAAUAUUAGUUUUUAAACCUGUUUCCUUUAUCUGAAAUUAUACAACAACAUGCAUAGUAUAUUUCAGAUUUGUGUAUGGUAGCUCGAAAUGUACCGCAGCAUCGCAUUUGGUCUGCUGCUGAUGGGACACCUUCGUUUUCAAAGAGUUAAACUGCUGAGUUAUGAAUUAAACGCAAAAUGAACGACCACUGGCUAUAUUUGACAGCCACCAUACAAAAGAAACACUGUGACUGUCACGGUUCCAACCUAUCAAUAUAACCGGAAACUGAAGGAUACAACAGAUCUUUAUUGCUGGUGGAUAAAUAAAUGUUUCCACCGCUCACAGAGAAA